AGCCCUUCAUCUCCAGACCCAGCAAGUGUUCCUGCAGAAGACCUCAGCACAAACUCCAAUGGUCCAAAGCCAGCAGAAAUCAUGCUAGAUGAUGACAGAGAAGACCUCUUUGCUGAAGCAACAGAAGAAGUUUCAUUGGACAGUCCAGAGAGGGACCCAAUACUUUCACCAGAACCUACUCCUGCAAUCACUCCUGUAACACCUACUACAUUAGUAGCUCCCAGAAUGGAAUCGAAAAGCAUAACAUCCCCUGUGAUUUUUGAUAGAUCCAGAGAAGAGAUUGAAGAGGAAGCAAAUGGAAAUUUGUUUGAUAUAGAAAUCAAUGUAUCAGACCCAGAGAAAGUUGGAGAUGGCAUGAAUGCUUAUAUGGCAUACAGAGUAACAACAAAGACAUCACUUUCCAUGUUCCACAAAAAUGAAUUCUCUGUUAAAAGAAGAUUCAGUGAUUUUCUUGGCUUGCACAGCAAAUUAGCAACAAAGUACAUGCAUAUUGGUUACAUUGUGCCUCCAGCUCCAGAAAAAAGUAUUGUGGGCAUGACCAAGGUUAAAGUAGGCAAGGAAGAUUCUUCAUCUACUGAAUUUGUAGAGAAAAGAAGAGCAGCUCUAGAAAGGUAUCUACAACGAACAGUAAAACACCCAACCUUGUUACAGGAUCCAGACUUAAGACAGUUCUUGGAAAGUUCCGAGCUGCCGAGAGCGGUUAACACCCAGGCUCUGAGUGGAGCAGGAAUAUUGAGGAUGGUGAACAAGGCUGCCGACGCUGUCAACAAAAUGACAAUCAAGAUGAAUGAAUCGGAUGCAUGGUUUGAAGAAAAACAGCAGCAGUUUGAGAAUCUGGAUCAGCAACUUAGGAAACUUCACGCCAGUGUCGAAGCAUUAGUCUGCCACAGAAAAGAGCUUUCAGCCAACACAGCUGCCUUUGCUAAAAGCGCUGCCAUGUUAGGUAACUCUGAGGACCACACUGCUCUAUCGAGAGCUUUGUCUCAGCUUGCAGAGGUUGAGGAGAAAAUAGAUCAAUUGCAUCAAGAGCAAGCUUUUGCUGAUUUCUAUGUGUUCUCAGAACUGCUUGGUGAUUACAUUCGUCUCAUUGCUGCAGUAAAAGGUGUGUUUGAUCAUCGAAUGAAGUGCUGGCAGAAGUGGCAAGAUGCUCAGGUCACUUUACAAAAAAAACGUGAAGCUGAAGCAAAGCUCCAACUUGCCAACAAACCUGAUAAAUUGCAGCAAGCUAAAGAUGAGAUAAAAGAGUGGGAGACAAAAGUUCAGCAAGGGGAAAAAGAUUUUGAACAGAUCUCCAAAACCAUUCGCAAGGAAGUGGGAAGAUUUGAGAAGGAACGAGUGAAAGACUUUAAAACUGUUAUUAUCAAGUACUUAGAGUCGUUAGUGCAAACACAACAGCAGCUAAUAAAAUACUGGGAGCCAUUCCUGCCUGAAGCCAAAGCCAUCGCCUAAAAGAAGACUAUUCCAUAUGACAAGACACUCUGGAUGUUUGUCCUGGAUAAAACUAAAUUCCACAGUGAAAUCACUUUAAAUCAUCCAAAUAAACCACUAUAUAUUUUAUGAAUUAACAUGUGGCUUUUUUAUAUACUACAGCAUUUUAUUAACAAGCUGCAUGUCCUGACCCUCUUUGAAGUGGACUGUGGCAUGAUGUUCUGCAAUACAUUGCUGAAUUGAACACUAUUGUGUCUUAAUACUUGCACUAAAAUGUGCAUUGCAAGGCCAGAAAGCUGAUAUUUUUGUUCUUUACAAUACAAUGUUCUGUAGUACGUUUACCUGAUCUUUAUGAAACAAAUUUAAUUGCAUCGAUUAGUGUUCACUUAAACAUUCCUGUACAAAAAUCAUGUUUUCGUGAUUACAAUAAUAAAGGGAUGUACCUUGUAAAACAU